AUGACGGAUCCGAGCACGAUGACGGUCGCGCAGCUUAAGGAGGAGCUGAAGGCGCGCGGGCUGGACGCGACGGGCCUGAAGGCCGCGCUGCUGGCGCGCCUGCAGGCGGCACUCGAAUCAGCGGGCGACGACGCCGGCGACGACGCGAAGAGCGACGACCACGCCGAUGCCCCCGCGGCGGUAGAUGCAGAUCCCCCGAACGGCGACGACGACGACGACGACGACGACGAGGAGGCCGCGUCGCCGGCCCAAUCCGAACCUCCGCUCGCGAAGGCCGUCUCGGACUCCAUCGAGAAGAAGAAGCGCAAGCGCGGAGGCGACGGCGGCGACGCGAAAGGCGAGGAGGAGAAGACCGCCGACGCGAAAGGGGACCCGGACGAAGAAGCGGGCAACGGACGCUCGAAGGCUCUCAAGGUGGACGGAUCCGCCGCGGCGUCCGCCUCGAACCUCGCCGCCGCCUCGUCCGCCCCGUCGUUCGACAUGCCCCCGAUCACGAUCGAUCCCAACACCGGCAAGGCGUCCAUCGAGAUCAACGUCAAGGGCAACGAGGGCCGCGUCAUCGGCAAGGGGGGCGAGACGGUGAAACACAUCGAGCGCAAAUUCGCGGUGAAGAUUGAGAUGCGCAGAGAACGCGGGACGUGCGUCGUGACGGGCGCCGAGGCGGUCAUGCGGGACGCCGCGGCGCUCAUCUCGGAGGUGAUCGAGCGCGGCGACGUCAACAAGGGCGAUCGCGCGAGCGCGGGUUCGAUACCCAGCGGGAGCUUUGGCGGCCCGCAGAUGGAGACGCCGGGGACGAUGAUCGCCAAACUGCUCGCGUCCGCGCAGGCGAAGAUCGACUCUGGCGAGGACGCGUCGGCCGCGGACUUUCCCGAGGUGCUCAGGGGCGACGACAUGGAGGAACACGUGGCCAUCGAGGUGCCGUGCCCCGGCCAGGAGGGCCGCGUCAUAGGCCGCGGCGGCGCGACCAUCAAGGAGAUUGAGCGACAGAGCGGAGCCAGCGCGAAGGUUGUCAAGGGCACUGGCCGGUGCGACGUGUCCGGACCGCGCGGCAGGGUCAUCCUCGCGCGUCGGAUCGUGCUGGAGACCAUGGCGCUUCCGGUCGAUCCGUUCGGCGCGGGCGCGCCGGGGAAGCGGGAGGCUGGCGACUGGACGUGCCCGCAGUGCAACGCCAGUUGCUUUCGAUCCAAGACUUCGUGCUUCAACUGCGGCGCGCCGAAACCCGCGGCGGCUUACGGGCAGCCGCAACAGAUGGGAUACGGGCAGCCGCAACAGAUGGGAUACGGGCAGCCGCAACAGAUGGGAUACGGCAUGCAGCAGCAGCAGGGUUACGGCAUGCAGCAGCCGAUGAUGGGGGGCGGCUACGGCGGCGGCGGCGGCGCCAAGACCUCGGUCGAGGUGCCGUGUAUGGGCAGCGAGGGACGCAUCAUCGGGAAAGGCGGGGACAUGAUCAAGUACAUUCAGAACAGCACCGGCACCAAGCUGGACAUGCGCAGGGACAAGGGCACGGUUCAGGUGACGGGCACGCCGGAGGCGGUCGCCGCGGCUGAGGCGAUGGUUCGCGAAGUCAUCGAAAACGGCGACACUCGCGACAAGGGCGGGCUGCAACCCCCGCAAAACCUGGGCCAGCCGGGCAUGGGCGGCGGGCAGGGGCAGUACGCGCAACCCGUUGGCGGGGGGCAGGUGAUGGGCGGAGGGUACGCCAUGGCGCCGCCCGGUCAGGUGCAGAUGGUGGCGGUGCCGGUGCAGGGGGGAUACGUUCAGGCUGGUCAGCCGAUGGCGCAGGGUCAGUACGGACAGCCGAUGAUGAUGGCGGUCCCCGCUCAGCAGGGGCAGGCGCAGUACCAGUACCAGCCUCAGGGUCAGUACGCCUACGUGGACGCGAGCCAGGUGCAGGGCGCGGUGUACGUGCCCCAGCAGCAGACGGCGGCGCAGCAGCAGCAGCCGGGGGCGCAGGCGGUGGCUGGCGCGGAGUGGGGCCAGGCGCAGCAGCAGCAGCAGCAGGCCGCGGCGGCGCCCGCGGCGGCCCCCGCCGGCGGCGAGUGGCAGACGCACUACUCGGAGGGACGCGCGUAUUACUACAACACGGCCACCGGGGAGACCCGCUGGGCGUGA